AUGGUGAAAAUUGCGAUAGGGCAACUAUGCUCAACAGCGAGCAUGGCACACAAUCUCGCUCAAUGCCAGACAUUGAUAACAAAAGCUAUAGCUGCAGGAGCCAAGGCACUCUUUCUCCCCGAAGCGACAGAUUAUAUCGCCUCGUCGAGCGCUGAAAGUGUGUCACUGGUGCGCUCUGUGCAGCAAAGUGAAUUUGUCCUUGGCCUUCAAAAGGAAGCCAAGAAUGCAAAGUUCCCUAUAAAUGUGGGCAUUCAUGAGCCUGCCCAAGGUGGGAUCAAGGUGAAGAAUACCUUGAUAUGGAUCGAUGAGCAUGGAGAGAUUGUGCAACGGUAUCAGAAAAUACAUCUGUUUGAUGUUGAGAUCAAAGACGGUCCAGUACUAAAAGAAAGCGCGAGUGUCGAAGCAGGUACCCAAAUUCUUCCACCAUUCGAAACUCCUGUAGGACGAGUUGGUCUUGCCAUCUGCUUUGAUCUUCGAUUCCCCGAAAUUUCUAUAGCUCUUAAGCGCCAGAAUGCGCAAAUUAUAACCUUCCCUUCGGCAUUUACAGUGCCUACGGGACAAGAACAUUGGGAGGCUCUCCUCCGUGCCCGUGCCAUUGAAACGCAAUCAUAUGUAAUUGCUGCAGCACAGGUAGGAGCACACAAUGAGAAACGGACAAGCUAUGGACAUUCCAUGAUAGUCGACCCGUGGGGACAGGUGGUUGCAAAACUGGGGGGCGACUUCAAGGAACCUGAAAUCGCGACUGCUGAUAUUGAUUUCGAUUUGAUUGAUAAAAUAAGGAGAGAGAUGCCGUUACUUCGCCGAACGGAUGUCUAUCCUGAGAUAUGA